AUGCAUGGUGGCGCUCUAGGCGAUGCGCGGGGCGCGGUGCAGGGCGGCGCGCGGGGCGCAGCGCAGGGCGACGAGCAGGGUGCAACGCAGGGCGAAGCGGGAGGGGAGCCCGGGGUUGUGGCGAGGCUUGCUGCCCUGGGCCUGCCCGAUAUCAGGGCCCCGGCCGCAGCGGCCGGCGCCGAGGCGGCAGCUGCCGAGCAGCUGCAGGACGCUGCCUGCGACGCCUGCAGCUGGGCCGUGCUCGCGGCCGAGGCGCUGGGACUGCCGCCCGAGCGCGUUGACGCGGUGAGCGGCGGCGUGCAGGCGGCGACUGAGGAGGCGGGCGGGUGCCGGCGGUUUCUGGGGAUGGAGUACCCACGGCUGCGGCGCGCGUGUGCGGCGGGGGAGGUGGGUCUGGUGAGGGCCUGGAUGGACCGAAUCGCGGCGCGCGGCAGCUGA